AUGGAUAACCCCUUUCCUCCCUAGCGCCCCUUUUCUCCUCCCACUGAGAGGUCACCUUCAGCCUGGGGCGGUGUGCCCCUGGACCAGAGGCUGAAGAAGGGGCGGAGCGUCACGCUCAGCCCUGUAAUGCCUGGCAGCCCCUCCGGCUGCUCGACACAGCCUGGUCCCAGCCCAGAGGCAGCAGAGGGGGAGUCGAGGCUGCCCACGGCUGUCUGCCCUGCACUGCUGGAGAAGAGCUCAGCAAUGGCUGAGAACUCAGCUGUGGCAGUGGCACCGACAGCAGCACCAACCAUGCUAGAGGAGCUCCUGGAGAUCACGGCUCAGAGCCUGGUGCGCACUGAGGUGGCUGAGCACUAUGAGGUUAUUCGGGAGCUGGGCAGGGGCAAGUACGGCCAUGUGAUGCUAGUGACCCACAGGCAGAGAGGAACUCCUAUGGCUCUCAAGCUGCUGCCCAAAGCCAGUACCAAGCUGCACACCUUCUUGUAUGAGUACUGUGUGGCACUCUCCCUUGCCACCCACCCUGCUAUCAUUGGCAUGUUUGGAAUUGCAAUCGAAUCCAGUCAAUAUUAUGGUUUCCUCUAUGAACCAGCAAUGCACAAAGACCUCAUAUCAAUCAUCAAACCCAGGGAUGGGAUCCCUGAACCAGCUGCCAAGCAUUGUGCCAAGCAGCUCGUGAGUGCUCUGGAGUUCAUCCACAGCCGGGGGCUUGUGUAUCGUGAUGUCAAGCCUGAGAACGUGCUGCUUUUUGACCCUGAGUGCCGGCGCAUCAAACUGACUGAUUUUGGGCUUACACGGCCCAAGGGUACCAAGCUCAAACUGGUGGCUGGAGUAAUCCCCUACACUGCCCCUGAACUAAGCAACACCACUGAUGCCCAGGGGGUGCCCAUAGAUGCCAGCAUGGAUGCAUGGGCCUUUGGUGUGCUGCUGUUCUGCUUGCUGACUGGCUAUUUCCCUUGGGAGCAAAGCCUGCCCAAAGACCCUUUCUUUGAGGAUUUCAUGCUGUGGCAGGAAACGGGCCUGGAAGAGAACCUGCCUCGCCACUGGAAGCGCCUGACAGCUGAGGCUGCUCUCAUGUUGCGGAGCCUGCUGGCACUGGAUCCUGCCAAGCGCUGUCCUGUUGGUGGAGCUCUGCGCUAUGUCGAUUGCCCUUGGCGUCAAGAUGAGGGGCGCAGUGAGGAGGCUGCUGUGAAGCCCUAGAGCCUGCUCCCCACAGGGGAGGGAGGUCACCCUGCAAUGAGCUGUGGGGCUGAGGGCAUCAUAGUGGGCCUCCAGCAGUGUGGCUGUGAGAUGCCAUGGUAACCCAGAGAUCAACUUCUCCACAGCGCUAUCCCUACCAUCAUGGAACCAAGCUCCUUCCCCAAGAUGGUCCUCACUCUAGGCUCAGCAUUGCCCAUUGCCACCUCCUUCCUUGGGACUUGAAAAUAUUUCCUUUCUCACACAGAUGAGAGAUGUUCACACAUGAUGCUUCAUGUGUGAAGCAUCAAUUUGUAUCCUGGCCACUGGAGACUCCAAGGUGGUUUCUGGGGAUGCAGAACCUGCCUUACCUUUGAAAUAGAGCAGAUAUCUUUGUUUCCACGUGUGGCUCUUCUUCUCUUGCAAUAAAAUGUCUGCAGGGGAUCUGUUUGCUGUGGGAGAGCAUAGGUAUGACAAUGCCAGUGGCCUUCUAAGGACAAACUGCUAGAGGCAGGGGCUGUCUGACACCACCAGGGCCCUUGAGGGGUGGCUUCAGGUAUGUGAGAUGGAGGUGGUGGGAGCCCUCAGCAUAUCAUGGUGGAUGUUAUCUGAGGACUGAUGAUGAUGCUGAGAAGAUGGUGGGAGCCACUGUGGCAGGGUGUUGGAGGAAGGACUGUUAGUAGCAAGUGACAUAGAAGAAUGUUCACAAGGUGCUGCAAGGAAAUGAGCAGAGCAAAAGGGUGGAUAGGAGCUAGGUGUGAGUGAGAACUGUAGCAUUACAGAUCUGUGCCUUGCCUCCAUCAUGUGUUCUUGCAUUAACUGUUUGGAGAUUUUCCCAACAGAGUUAGACAUACAUUUUAUAUCUGU